CAACUUAUUUGAUUGAAACCGGAAGAUUUGCGUUCACGCUUAGUACGUUUUCUAUUGUUUUUUGUCAAGCCUCAUCUUAUUCUCUGCAAUAAAACCGUUUCGGUAGAGAAAAUUUCAUCUACUCUCGCUCAGUAUUUUACAUAUUAAGACUAUUGUAAAAUUAGCGGGUGUGUCCCAACCAAAACCAAGGUAAGCACUAAGCAUUUGAAUCAAUUGACAGCCAGCUGGUGCUGGUUGAGUUAAAGGUGAGAUGUCUGACGGCGACGAUGAUUUCAUGUGCGAGGAGGAAGAAGAUUAUGGCUUGGAGUACUCGGAGGACUCAAACUCCGAGCCAGACGUUGACUUAGAAAAUCAGUACUACAACAGCAAGGCUCUUAAAGAAGAUGAUCCUAAGGCAGCACUGCAAAGUUUUCAAAAAGUCUUGGAUUUGGAAGGAGGUGACAAAGGAGAAUGGGGCUUUAAAGCCCUCAAACAGAUGAUUAAAAUCAACUUCAAGCUUAAUAACUACAAAGAAAUGAUGACAAGAUAUAAGCAACUACUUACCUACAUCAAAAGUGCUGUGACAAGAAAUCAUUCGGAAAAAUCCAUAAAUUCUAUUUUGGAUUACAUUAGCACGUCAAAAAAUAUGGAAUUAUUGCAAGACUUUUACGAAACUACCUUAGAUGCAUUGAAAGAUGCUAAAAACGAUAGGCUAUGGUUCAAAACAAAUACUAAGCUAGGAAAGUUGUACUUUGACCGGUCAGAUUUCAAUAAAUUAGCAAAAAUUUUGAAACAGCUUCAUCAGAGCUGCCAGACUGAUGAUGGGGAAGAUGAUUUGAAAAAAGGUACUCAAUUACUAGAAAUCUAUGCUUUAGAAAUUCAAAUGUACACUGCACAAAAGAACAACAAAAAAUUGAAAACUCUUUAUGAACAAAGUCUUCACAUCAAAAGUGCAAUCCCUCAUCCUCUCAUCAUGGGUGUCAUAAGAGAAUGUGGUGGAAAAAUGCAUUUAAGAGAGGGUGAAUUCGAAAGAGCACAUACUGACUUUUUUGAGGCAUUUAAAAAUUAUGAUGAAUCAGGUUCUCCUAGACGCACAACUUGCUUGAAAUACCUAGUUCUUGCCAACAUGUUAAUGAAGUCAGGCAUUAAUCCAUUUGAUUCUCAAGAAGCCAAGCCUUAUAAAAAUGAUCCAGAAAUUUUGGCUAUGACAAAAUUAGUCUCCAGUUAUCAGAACGAUGAUAUUAAUCAAUUUGAAUUAAUUUUAAAACAAAACAGAAACAAUAUAAUGGAUGAUCCUUUUAUUAGAGAACAUAUAGAAGACUUGCUUCGAAAUAUCAGAACACAGGUUUUAAUCAAGUUAAUAAAACCUUAUACAAGGAUUCAUAUACCAUUUAUUAGUAAAGAAUUAAAUAUUGAUGCAUCGGAAGUUGAAAGCUUAUUGGCAUCUUGUAUUUUGGAUAACACCAUUCGAGGUCGCAUUGAUCAGGUAAAUCAAGUUUUAGAGUUAGACAAAAAGUCUGUAUGUGCUGCUCGCUACAAUGCUUUAGAUAAAUGGACUACCCAGCUUCAAUCUCUUCACUUGGCUAUUGUUAAUAAGAUGGCGUAAGAAAUAACUAAACGGCUGUUAGUUGAUGUUUAAGGCCGUGUUUGUAAUUACCGAUAUGUCGCUAACCCGAUUGCGACAACCAUUAAUAAAACACAUUACAAAUUUGAAUUUGUAAUGCUAUAGUUUUUAUUGAAUAAAAAUGUUCUCCUUGUA